UUGAGUGGCGUUUUGUUGUCGUUGCCGUCGUUCCCCCCCCUUUCCCCUUCCUGGUUCAAGGAUGGUUGCUAGGCAGCUUCGAGACCGAGGGUUGGUUGCUGCUGCUGCUGCUCUCCCCACCGGGGCCCCGAGGCAUCCCGAAAGCAACGCGAGGAGCCCGCAGAAGCUGAUUCCCACCCUCAGUUAUUAGAGACAACACUAGUGAAACAUCAAAAUGAGUAACCGCCGGAAGCAAGCUCCUCCGCUGAGGAUGAAUGAGGAGAAAAAGAAGCAGCUCUGCUGGAAUAUGCAUGAUGACCGGAAAAAUGAGGUGAUAGAUUUAGAUGCAGUAGAUGAAGACCACCCUGUUGCAGGUACAAGCUCAUCUUCUACAGCAUUUAUUGUUAUAAAUGAUGAUAGCAUGGAUGAAGAUUUGUCUCACAAAGGAAACAAACUAAAAUCCCAGAACUUCUCAACAGUUAUAGACGAAGCAGAAGAUUCUUGCUAUCUCUUGCCUUCUAUAUCUAUACAGAUAAAUAUCAUGAUACUUCCUUAUUGUUCUGAUCAUUCCUGGAAAGCUUUGCUUGGAGAGUUUGUUCUUCACCUUCUUCCUGAACAACUUGUAACUGAGAAUAUCCAUAAAAGGGGUUUCACCUUGAUGAGAGCAGAAUUUAAUGAUCAGCUACGUAUCUUUGUUCACACAAAAAACACUAAGAAGGUGGAUGAGCAAGAAGAUUCAUUACUGAGCAAUUAUGAAGAAGAGAUGUUGGUUGAAUCAUCUUUAAGUAAUGAAAUCUUAGAAGAUUUGAUGUGGCUGCAAAAGAAAAAAGUCAUUAUAUUGUAUCAAAGACCUGGAGAUGCUCAAUGUUUAAAGGUUGGCAUAUAUCUUCUUGAAGCUGGCUUAAGCAAACUAGAAUUCCUUAGUGAUGGUGGUGGCAGAAUAAAAAAGGCCAAUCAGCUUCUUCAGAAAUUGAUGGAAAAAUUCUACCACUUCAUAAUUCCAGAUAUUCUGGAAGAAGAUGAGGAAUCUGACAGGGAUAUAGAGCGGCAGAAUAUUGAAGAACUUUAUGACUAUGUGAGGCACACACACCAGAAAGAGAUACAGUUUUUGAAGGAGAAUGUACAGCAUUCUGCGUUGAUUCCUGUGCUGAGGCCAUAUCAAAGUGAUGCUGUAAACUGGAUGUUGCAACGUGAGAAUUUCAGAAAUAUACCUACCAAUGAAAAUGCCCUUCACUACUUAUGGAGAGAGUUUAUUACUUUAGAUGGACUAAAACUCUACUAUAAUCCUUUUACUGGCUGCAUUAUCCGUGAGCACCCAGUUGCUGGGCCUCAGUGGCCUGGAGGAAUAUUGGCAGAUGAGAUGGGCCUUGGUAAAACAGUAGAAGUCUUGGCACUUAUCCUGACACAUACUCGAAAGGAUAUCAGACAAGAUGCUCUGAUGUUACCUGAGGGUUUUUUGGUAAACUUCUUUGUUCCACCACAACCUACUGAAGGAAGUAAAAAGAAAAACAUAAAGAAAAUGGAACAUAAAUUAAAAGAAAAAGUGCAGUAUCCUAGUUUGCGAGUGAUGCUUUUAACUGCUAUAAAAGAAAUGAAUGUAAAGAAGGGAGCAUCUAUAGUAGCAAUUUUUAAGUAUGUCCAUGCCAUAUACAAGUAUGACAUACAGAGAAGCCGUCGGAUUCUUAAAAAGACCCUGGAAAAAUUAAUUGCAGAGAAGGUAGUGGAACAAGUCAAAGGCCAUGGACUUGCUGGUUCUUUCAAAUUGGGCAGAAACUACAAGGAACAGAAAUUUUGUAAUAAAUCCAAGAAACAGAAAACAAGAACUUCAGAUAGAGUUCAGAAGAAAAACUUGCCAGAUCAUAAGAAUGAAACCAAAGAAUUGGGAGAUAGGGGCACAUGCUCAACGAAUGUUCUUACAUUACCUCUGGCAGUAGACAUCACAGCAGAAGAGCAUGAUUACUGUGCAGCAAGCAAAGACAAUAGCAAAUCAAAAUUGGAUCGUAAGAGUUGGAAAACGGAAGAAGAUCCUCAGCCUAAACCUGCUGACUUGAAAGGCAAUGUGCUAAUUUCCAAAGAGGAAACACAUUCUAAUACUGAUGUUCCUAAAAAUACAGAUGAGGCUGAAGAACAGCAGGAUGUCUUACAAGGCCAUUCUCCAACCUCCCAAGAACAUGCUAAUAUUUUUAGACAACAUCCUGGUUCCAUUUUUCCAUUCAAUACUUCUGAUUACCGUUUUGAAUGCAUCUGUGGUGAGCUUGGCUUGGCUGACUAUAAGGCACGUGUGCAAUGCCUGAACUGCCACCUGUGGCAACAUGCUGAGUGUGUGAAUUAUAAAGAAGAAAAUCUAAAGAUCAAACCCUUUUACUGUCCCCAUUGCCUUGUAGCAAUGAAACCAGUUCCUACAGGAGCAACUCUGAUAAUCUCUCCAAGUUCUAUCUGCCACCAGUGGGUUGAUGAGAUUAACAGGCAUGUGAGAUCAUCUUCCCUUCGAGUAUUGGUUUAUCAAGGAGUGAAGAAACAUGGCUUCUUGCAGCCUCACAUCUUGGCAGAGCAGGAAGUAGUGAUCACCACAUAUGAUGUCCUUCGUAGUGAGCUGAACUAUGUGGACAUUCCUCACAGCAAUAGUGAAGAUGGACGCCGUUUCCGGAACCAGAAGCGUUAUAUGGCCAUCCCAAGCCCUUUGGUAGCUGUGGAGUGGUGGAGAAUAUGCCUGGAUGAAGCACAAAUGGUAGAAUGCACCACUGCAAAGGCUGCAGAAAUGGCUCUCCGUUUGAGUGGAAUCAAUCGGUGGUGUGUCAGUGGUACACCAGUGCAGCGAGGAUUGGAAGAUUUGUAUGGAUUAGUACUCUUCCUUGGAGCUGAUCCUUACUGGGUGAAAUAUUGGUGGGAUCAGCUUCUGUAUCGCCCGUACUGCAGGAAAAACACACAGCCUCUGUACAACUUCAUAGCCAAGAUAAUGUGGAGGUCAGCAAAGAAGGACGUGAUUGACCAAAUUCAGAUCCCUGCUCAGACAGAAGAGAUACACUGGCUUCAUUUUUCUCCCGUGGAGAGGCACUUUUAUCAUCGCCAGCAUGAGGUGUGCUGCCAGGAUGCGCUGGCAAAGCUCAGGAAGAUUUCUGAUUGGUCUCUCAAACUCAGCAGCUUGGAUAGGAGGACAGUUGCUUCUAUUCUGUACCCUUUGUUGCGCCUGCGACAGGCCUGCUGCCACCCACAAGCUGUUCGUGGGGAAUUCUUGCCUCUGCAGAAAAGCACAAUGACAAUGGAAGAGCUUCUAACAUCACUGCAGAAAAAAUGCCGGAUAGAAUGUGAGGAAGUCCAUAGACAACUGGUUUGUGCUCUGAACGGCUUAGCUGGUAUUCAUAUUAUUAAAGGUGAAUAUGCACUGGCAGCAGAUUUGUAUAGAGAGGUGCUGCGUUCCUCUGAGGAGCACAAAGAGAAGCUCAAAACAGAUUCAUUGCAAAGACUUCAUUCUACGCACAAUCUGAUGGAACUCCUAGCGGCAAAGCAUCCUGGGAUACCACCCACCUUACGUGAUGGCAAGCUUCAGGAAGAGUGUGAGCAACUCCGUCAACAUUAUAUGAGUAAAUCGAAUGCAGAAGUUGCUGAAGCCCACCAGGCUUUGCAACCAGUUGUACAGACAAUCCACGAACUGCAGAGAAAGUUACGCUCCAGUUCACCUUGGUGGUUGGAUGUGAUCCAGUCAGCAAUACAAUAUGCCAUUGAUGAGGAGCUUGUUCAGCGGGUACAAAAUGAUCUAACCAGCAACUACAAACAGCAAACGAAUAAACUCUCCAUGGCAGACAAAUUCCGUGACUGUAGAGGCCUGCAGUAUCUGCUCACAACUCAAAUGGAAGAAGUGAAGAAAUUCCAGAAACUUGUGAGAGAGGCUGUGAAACAUCUGGAAGGGCCCCCUUCCAGAAAGGUCAUUGAGGCUGCCACCAUCUGCCAUCUGCGGCCUGUAAGGUUGCCACUAAACAACUGUGUCUUCUGCAAGGCUGAUGAAUUGUUCACAGAAUAUGAGUCAAAACUCUUCUCCCAUACUGUAAAAGGCCAGAUGGCGAUCUUUGAAGAAAUGAUAGAAGACGAGGAAGGCCUUGUCGAUGACCGUUUGCCGACCACAAGCAGAGGUCUCUGGGCAGCAAGCGAAACGGAACGGUCCUUGAAAGCCAUAUUGUCCUUUGCCAAAGCUCACCGGAUAGAUCCCAAGGCAGUGGAAGAGGGCAGCAUCUUCUUGGAACUCUUUGAAGCAUGGAAAAAGGAGUAUAAGCUGCUUCAUGAAUAUUGGAUGGUUCUGAGAGAUCAUGUGUCUGCCAUUGAUGAACUUGCCAUGGCUACAGAACGGCUUAGAGUGCGUCAUCCCGAAGAGCCAAAACCUAACCACCCUGUUCUUCACAUAAUUGAGCCUCACGAGGUAGAACAAAAUCGAGUGAAACUUUUGAAUGACAAAGCAGUUGCCAAAUCGCAGCUUCAGAAGAAACUGGGCCAGCUCCUUUACCUCACUAAUUUAGAAAAGUCUCAAGAUAAAACAACUGGAGGAGUUAAUCCAGAGCCCUGUCCAAUUUGUGCACGGCAACUGGGAAAACAGUGGGCAGUGUUAACGUGCGGACAUUGUUUCUGCAAUGAGUGCAUAGCUAUUAUUAUAGAACAGUACAGUGUUGGCACUCGUAGAAGUUCCAUAAAGUGUGCCAUCUGCAGGCAGACAACAUCACAUAAAGAAAUCUCCUAUGUCUUCACUGCAGAGACAGCAAACCAAGAGGAUGAUAUACCUGUGAAGGGAAGUCACUCCACUAAAGUAGAAGCUGUGGUCAGAACUCUAAAGAAAAUCCAGUUUAAAGAUCCAGGCGCCAAAUCCCUAGUUUUUUCAACGUGGCAAGAUGUGCUGGAUAUCAUUGCAAAAGCUCUAGAUGAUAACAGCAUGGAAUUCUCUCAGAUCAACGGAAUUAACAAAUUUCAGGAAAAUCUCUCUGCAUUUAAAUACGAUUCCAAAAUCAACAUAUUGCUGUUGCCCCUCCAUACCGGCUCCAAUGGAUUAAACAUCAUUGAGGCAACGCAGGUCCUUCUGGUGGAGCCCAUAUUGAAUCCAGCACAUGAGCUACAGGCCAUUGGCAGAGUCCACCGUAUCGGACAAACUAAGCCCACCAUUGUUCAUAGAUUCUUAAUAAAAGCAACAAUAGAAGAAAGAAUGCAGACAAUGAUGAAAACUGUAGAAAGAAGCCACUCUAGUUCUUCCAUGAAGCAUUCAGAGGCCUCUGUGUUAACAGUAGCUGAUUUGGCAGACCUUUUCUCAGAGGAAACCGAAGAACUUGAAUGAAGCAGUGCAUUUUGGACUCACUGAGGUCAGAAGGGGCCAUAACCUACUUUUUUUCUAAGCCAGUGUACAAAAUCAGGUAAUUAUUCUGAAAUUCCUGUAGAUGUCACCAAACACCCACCCUUAUUUAGGGCCGUAUGAAUUGGUAAGUAUUUUAAACAGCUUCCACUAGAUUCUGUGGCUGUGGUUACUUCAGCACGUUAUUUCUGUUAAUAAAGAAGAGCAGUUGCACUUUACACAAACAUUACACAAACUAUGGCUUUGUACUUCCAAAGAACACGAGCAUCCUAAUCCAGCUUUUGUUGUGCAUAAAAAUGCCUAUGUGACUACUUGCACCAGAAUGUGGAUGUGCAUCCCAUGGAAAGCAAUGAAGCGUGGACAGACAGCAUUCAUAUUUAGUCACACAUCUGAUUUAUGCCUAAAGUUCUGAAUCCAACAAGAGACUGCCUGAAUCUCCUUUGCUGGAUCAAGGUGUUCAACUAGACUUUGAGGAGAGGAGUGUUGCAUGGCAGAGAAGGGUAUAAAAAUCAUGAACCGAUUAUUUUGCCUCCGUUUUAUUUCUAGAAUUAAUUAUUGACCUAUUAAUUAUUUAAAAGGUUCCUGAAUAAGCAAAUCUUUUUCAAAAAGGGCUUCUACUGGUGCCGCAAUUUUAUCAUGCAAGUAAAGUUUUAUCAGUUAACACUUAAGUACUAAUUUUUAGAAACCACUUUGGCAUUUGUAAUAAUUUUCUAGGUAUUUAUGUUGUGAUAGUACAUUGUAGAAAUUGGAUUUUUUUUGCUUGUUUAUAUUUAAAUGUUUGCUGUUAGCGUCUUCUGUUUUCUUGAUAAAUUAUGUCUUUUGUAUGACCUUUUUUCUUGAAAUUAUAGCUCAAAAUAUCUGUUAGACAGAUUUUUAAAGAUUCUUAAAACUGUAUUGUUUAACAUUUGGAUUCUGUUAUCCUAUUAAAGUGGUAAACCUUCCCAUUGUUCAUAGUCAUUUGAUGUUUGUAUGAUCAAAUUAUGACCCAUUCAUUUUACUUAUUAAACAGAAUUAUUCCAUUAUAUUAAAUUUUAUUACCAAAAUA